CCUCGUCCGGCAGCCAUCACCCAAUCGAUCCAGAAAAAAUGCUUCAUGACAGCACACAAGCUUUCAAGGACCCCCACAAGCCUCCACCUAAACCCCACCCUUGGAUAAGUAAAUAAUAACUCCAAGAAGAAAAAGAUGCUUAGAUAACAAAUUUAAGUCAUUGAACACUUUAAAAAAAUACAACAAUAUUUCCAACUAAGAGAGAACAGUUUAGAAUGUUAUGCUAAGCAUGAUGGGUGAUGGGGGAAAGAAAAAUAGAAAUAAUUAUGUGAGAGUUAUUUUAAAAAAUAAUUGUGUAACUAUAUUAAAAUAUGAAUUAUUCAUUUAUUUUUUAUUAAAUAAAUAAAUUAGUUUUCUUUGUUUUUUACAUAAAAAUGUCCAAUUAAAGGAUGACAGCACAAAAAGUUAACAAAUGAUGUAUUUCCUUUAUGUAAUAGUAAAAAAAAAUUGAAAGAAAAUAAAUUUAAAUAGUAUAUAAAUUUUAGGUUAUUUUAUUAAGAAAAAGUUUAAAAAAAUAUCUAUUAUAACGUAAAUAAACAAAUAAUUUGUAUAUAAUUACAAUUUUAUAAAGUAAAAUUUGUUUAUUUAUUUAUUUGUAGAUAUGAUAUUAUAAAUAAUCUUUAAUAAUUUUAAACUAUUUCAUAUAAUGAGAUAAUAGACUUUUCACUUCAAUAUCCAAUUCUCAAAUAUCAAUCACUAACUUGCACAUGGAUGUAAAUUUAAUUGAUUUGAAUUUAAGAAUAGAUUACUUUUUUUCUUGUAAGAAGAAAGAAAGAGAGAUCGAAAAACCCUAGUGCAGUGGGGGAGAGUAUCGAAGGAGUAAAGGCAUGACGAUCCAUUCGAUAGUGAUACAGAAGCUGCUGAGCACGAAUGCGCAGGUGGGUCGACGAGUUGCUGCUCACCAUUUCAAGGGCUACACCUAUGGCUUCCGCAACAAAAUGGCCAUCAUCGACUCCGACAAAACCCUCAUUUGCAUGCGCAGUGCCUUCAACUUCAUCGCCUCCCUCGCCCGCCACAACGCCCGCUUCAUGUUCAUCAAUACCAAUCCUCUAUUCGACGACAUCUUCAACCUCAUGACCAAGAAGGUUGGCUCCUACUCCUCCUCAACCAGCUCCCUCUGGCGCACCGGCGGCUUCCUCACCAACAGCUACAGCCCCAAGAAGUUCCGCUCCCGCAACAAGAAGCUCGUCUUCGGCCCCACCCAGUCCCCCGAUUGCAUCGUCAUUGUCGACACCGACCGCAAGUCUACCGUUAUCAACGAGGCUUUCAAGCUUCAAAUUCCCGUUGUUGCAUUGGUCGACUCCGCCAUGCCCCUCGAUGUCUACAACCGCAUUGCUUAUCCUGUUCCCGCCAACGAUUCUGUUCAAUUUGUUUAUCUGUUCUGUAAUUUGAUUACCAAAACACUGCUUCAUGAGAAGAGCAAGGUUGCUGCUGCUGCGGCCGAUUCUCGAGAAGAAGCUCUGCGCAAGGGCAAGAGCAAGAGCAAGAGCAAGAGCGAUUUGGAUAAGGUCGACAUAACCGUAGUUCCCUAUACUAGUUUAGCUCCCUUACCCGAAGAUACAGAGGAAACUAAGAAGCUUUUGGACAAGUUUGUUGUUUUGAAGUUCAAUGGUGCCCAAGGAAGAAAUAUGGAUCUUGAUGGUCCCAAAUCUGCAAUUAAUAUUCGUGAUGGACAGACGUUCCUGGACAUGAUCAUUAACCAGAUUGAGAUGCUCAACUCCAAGUAUGGAUGCAGUGUUCCUUUGCUGCUUUUCAACAAAAAUGAUACUGGGGAUAGUUCUCUAAAGGUUUUGGAGAAGUAUUCGAAAUCAAGUGUUGAAGUGCACACAUUGAAGCCGGGUGAAAGUGGAGAAUUGAAAUUAUCGGGUGAACAUUCCAGUAAGGAGGAAAUGCAUCCAUUUGAUGAUGUGGAGGUGUUCCGUCCACUCAUGACUGGUGGAACCCUUGAUUCGUUAUUGUCACAGGGUAAAGAGUAUAUCCUAGUGUUGAAGUCAGACAAUGUGGCAACAAUUGUUGAUCCAAAUAUACUAAAUCAUUUGAUGAUAAAUGAUAUUGAAUAUUGCAUGGAGGUGACACCAAACCAAUCAUUUAACUUAGUCUUAACCGCAAUGAAAUUUAAGCUUGGGGAGAUUGCCCGCAACCAAGAUAAAAAUUUGAAGAACAAUUUCAAACUCAUCGAUACAACAAACAUGUGGGUGAGUUUAAGAGCCAUCAAGAGAUUUGUUGAUGCUGAUGAACUAAAGCAGGAGAAGUCCUCAGUUUUUAAGUUCUUUGGCAAUGUAAUUGGUGUAUCCGUGCCCGAAUCUCGGUUUUUUCCAUUGGAUGUAACAUCAGAUCUAUUACUUCUCCAGUCGGAUCUAUACACUUGUAGAGAAGGUGUUUUAACUCGCAAUCCAGCUAGAACUAAUCAUUUAAAUCCUGUCAUAGACUUGGGACCUGAAUUUGAAAAGAUUAAUGACUUCCAAAGUCGUUUCAAAUCCAUUCCAAGCAUCAUUGAGCUGGAUAGUUUGAGGGUGAGAGGUGAUGUGUGGUUUGGAUCUAAUAUUACUUUGAAGGGGCAAGUGACUAUUUCUGCAAAACCUGACUUGAAAUUGGAAAUUCCAGAUGGGGUGACGAUUGAAAAUAAGGAGAUCAACGACCCUGCAGAUAUCUAAGGAUGAAUCAACGGUUUGUGGAAGUUGUAGGGAUUUGGUUCUGGUGAAUACAUCAUGACUGCUGAACUUUAAUUUGCAGUGCUGAACAAUUUAAUUUGUCAUAUUAGCAGCCACCAACCAGCCAUCUUUUAGGUUUUCUAUUUGCAGAGGACUAAAAGGUUGCAGAACAUAGUUCCUUACACUUUUUUUUUUUUCAAGUGGCACGAUAGUGGUGAGAUAAUUUACUCAUCUAUCUAUUCAUUCUAAAACUUUUAGGGCAAGGCUUGGCACAGUCCCAGCUGAGGGCAGAACACGAAAUAGGAAUGGUUUCAGUUUUGCUGGUCUUCUGCCUUUAUACUAUUAGAAUCACACCAAUUGUUUAUUGUACCAAUGAGUUGGAGCGUACAGACAGAGGAGACAUUUUUGUCCUACUCCAAAAAUUCUUGACUUGCUUUAAUAAACAGGUUUAUUUUUUUCUAA